AUGGGGCUCCGGGACAUGCUCAAGAAGAAGGACAAGAUCGACGAGGAGGCCGAGCACCACCACCAGCAGCAGCAGCAGCAGAGCCUAGGCCCGCCCGAGUUCACCUUCAUCCGCUCCGACACCGUCUCCCAGGAGAUCAUCCACCCGCCCAGCGACCCGGCGCCGUACCCCGGCGGAAGCAACAGCGGCGAGAAGCCCCCGUCCUCGUCCUCGCACCACCGCGGCGUCUUCGGCCGCGGCUCCCGCUCCCGCAGCGCCUCGGCCUCGUCGGCCGCCUCGUCCCACCAGCAGAGCCAGCACCAGCAGGGCAAGAGCCCGCCCGGCGGCGGCGGCGGCGGCGGCACGCACCGCCGCCUCUCGCAGCGGCUGCACCUGUCGCGCACGCCCUCGAGCUCGAGCCGCGUGCCGCAGGACCUGCCGGACAUACCGGCCGAGGCGAGCGCCGCGUCGCCCGCGUCGGCCGCCGACGAGGAGGACAAGGGCGCGCGGUGGGAGAAGCGCGCGACGAUGCUGGCGCAGGCCAACGACCAGCAGCACCAGCGGGCGCGCAGCGCCAGCCGGCCCGGGACGCCGUCCGGCACAGGCACAUGCACAGGCACAGGCGGCAACAAUAACAAUAACAACAACGUCGUGUCGAGCAAGGAGAUCGACGCCGACAUACAGGAGGCGAUACGGCUGCACGAGGCCGGGGAGCUGGAGCAGUCGACGAGGAUGUUUGGCCGGCUAGCGGACCCGGAGGGGGCGAACAACCCGCUCAGCCAGGUGCUGUAUGGGCUGGCGCUGAGGCACGGUUGGGGAUGCGAGCCGAACACGGAGGCGGCAGUCAACUACCUCUCGGCGGCGGCGUCCAACGCGGCAACGGUCGAGGACCUGGCCCUGCAGGCGGGGCUCAAGAAGGGAGGCGCCGCUAAGGGCGAGCUCGUCCUCGCCAUCUUUGAGCUGGCCAACUGCUUCCGCCACGGGUGGGGGAUACCCAAGGACGCCAUCGCGGCGAAACAGUUCGCGGCGGCAAAGUACUACCGGCUGGCCGAGGACAACGGCAACAAGACGCUGGGCAAUACCUGGUAA